UUUUGUUGCCUUCACUGUCCUGCUCAAACGAGUGUUUCGUUGGACACAUUACACGCAAUCUGAGCUACGAUCCGCUCUCUAUUGCUUGCCAUCCUCCUUCUCGUCGCUCCUUGCACACUUGUUCAAUCCAUUGGCGCUGUUUUCAAGCGUGUCAUCCAAACAAAAACACUCGCGUGCUCAGCCAGAAACGCGCAGAAAACAAGCCCAACAACACUCAGACGUCGAGUAGCUACAACGUACACUCGAAAUUCAACUCCCUAGUUUUGCCUCAUAGCCAUUUCCGCCAAUUGGCCUUCUCUUCCGCAAAACACCGUCUUCGGGCCAUUUCCACAUCUUCCCGCGCUUCCUCAACACCAACAACUGAGCAAGCACAUCAGCUCUGACGUUAUCAUGUCUGCUGCGGGACCGACUCUUCUAGCGGGCAAAAUGCCAUCACGCUCCCUCUUCGAGUUUCCCCCGCAUAUGGAGCCUGCCGUCAUCCUACCACCGUUCCAGGAGCCCUCCUUCAAGACGCCCUUCCCGAUUUCCUCCGAAUUCUACAAUGGCGCCUUAUCCACCGUCGUCCCGCUCACAAUCGCUGUUAUCUAUGCAACCACCGUCUUCUUCGUGAAUGCGUACAACCGUCGCCACAAGAAUCAGCCAUGGGCCAUCAGCAAGACUCGUCUAUUCAAGGCGUUCGUCAUUCUCCACAAUGUCCUCUUGGCCAUCUACUCUGCUGUCACGUGUGUUGCUAUGGUUCGCGCCUUGAAGCACGCCAUUCCGCACUACACUGAGCCCAACGCUCUCGUCGGCACCGUCGAUGCGCUCUGCAAGAUGCAUGGACCUCGCGGCCUUGGCGAUGCGGCAGCGUUCAACAUCACUCGCAAUGCUUGGGAAGUCAAGAAUAAUCUCAUCCAUCUUGGCAACAACGAUAUUCCUGACUCUACUGAUCUCGGGCGCGUCUGGAACGAAGGUCUCGCAUUCUGGGGCUUUAUCUUCUAUCUCUCCAAGUUCUACGAGGUCCUUGACACCUUUAUCAUCCUUGCUAAAGGAAAACGUAGCACCACUCUUCAGACAUAUCACCAUGCCGGCGCGAUGUUGUGCAUGUGGGCUGGCAUUCGCUUCAUGUCUCCGCCUAUCUGGAUGUUUGCUUUGGUGAACUCAGGUAUCCACGCAAUGAUGUAUUCCUACUACACAAUCUCUGCCCUCGGCGUUCGCGUACCUCAGGCGGUUAAACGUACCCUCACCAGUCUUCAGAUCCUUCAGUUCGUCGUUGGAGCUUCUUUCGCUGCCGUUCACCUCUUCGUCUCUUAUACCAUUCCCGUUCAAGUGGCAUAUGAAGUAGCAGCCACACCGACCGCCAUCACAGCACCGUCGUCAAGCGUUUUCUCUGCCUUCGUAUCGGCCAUCACAGUCCCUCUGACGUCAUCACCAGCGCUAAGCACAGCCACCGGCGCUGCUUUGGAUUAUCUGAAAAAACUCGUAUAUCGUGCUGCAGGAGAGGAAGGACUGGCAGAGAAUGUCGUUCCAGCACCGGGCGUCACCCACUUCCCAGGACAAGCCCAAGGGGAGCCGCAACAUAUCCUCCAGGACACUCUAAAACAAUUCACCUACCGGACCGAGUACCACGAGAUCUCCUGCAUCGACACAACUGGCCAAGCAUUUGCCAUCUACCUGAACCUCAUUUACCUUGCUCCUCUAACGGGUCUCUUCGUCCGAUUCUUCGUCAAAUCUUACAUUCGCCGAACCGGCGCCACCACCAAGCACCAAACCAAGAAACGUGCCCUUUCAAAAUCAGCCUCUGACGCUAUCCACGGUGUCGAUCGCGAGAUCGAAUCUCUUGGCAAGUCGGCCGAGGAUGGACUCCAGAAGGCAAUCAAGGCAGCAAAGAACAACGUUCGCGGCAGGCCCAUCAAACAAACCACCCUCAAUAGGGAUGGCUCACUCUCACCAGCAAACAAGAAAUUUGUCGAAUCCUUCAACCGACGCGUCUCACAGACCCUGGCGGAGAUCGGCGAAGAUGGCCACGCUGAUUCGGUCAGGAAGGCCAAAGAGAUCGCGAAGGAGGUUGUUGAGCGCGCUUCCUCCAGGGCCUCCACACCCAAGAGCGCUAGGUCCAUGAGCCCAGAGGCUAGCGCCUAGAUUGCUAGUGUGAGGCCAGUAUACUUGUUCUUUUUCUUCUCCCUUUUCAUCGCCCCUUUACUGGGUUUAGACGGAAAAGUUUUUUUUGUUUGUUUUUUGCUUGGGUAGCUCGGCUACUUUUUUGCCUGGCUUAAUGCAUAGCGCGGCUG